UAGUCAGAGAGCGCGCUGCAUUGUGGGCUGUCGUCGGCCAUAUUAGUUUUCCUCCCCGAAGUGAAAAUCUUCUGUUGUGGGGGUCAAGUUGUGCAAGUAAUUUUUCACGAUGGCGGGUAACGUGGGGAUGGAACAGCUUAUCCCCAUCGUCAAUAAACUUCAGGAUGCAUUCACCCAGCUCGGAGUGCAUAUGCAAUUGGAUCUUCCUCAAAUCGCAGUAGUGGGUGGGCAAAGUGCUGGCAAGAGUUCCGUGUUGGAAAAUUUCGUUGGCAGAGACUUUCUGCCUCGAGGUUCCGGUAUUGUUACCCGAAGACCUCUUAUUCUUCAGCUGAUCAACAGCAGUAUAGAAUAUGCAGAAUUCCUGCACUGCAAGGGCAAGAAGUUCACAGACUUUGAUGAUGUGCGGAAGGAGAUCGAGGCGGAGACGGAUCGUGUGACAGGCUCCAAUAAGGGCAUCUCCAAUAUCCCAAUCAACCUGCGGGUUUACUCGCCCAAUGUACUGAAUCUGACCCUAGUAGAUCUCCCUGGUAUGACCAAAGUCCCUAUAGGCGACCAGCCGCCAGACAUUGAGCAACAAAUACGUAGCAUGAUUAUGCAGUUUGUAACUCGAGCAAACUGUCUGAUCCUGGCUGUAACUCCGGCCAAUACUGACCUGGCCAACAGCGACGCCCUCAAACUGGCCAAAGACGUCGACGGCCCAGGAUUAAGGACGAUAGGAGUCAUUACCAAGCUGGAUCUGAUGGACGAAGGAACGGACGCUCGAGAUAUCCUGGAGAACAAACUGUUGCCGCUGCGGCGUGGCUAUGUGGGCGUGGUCAACCGCAGUCAGAAGGACAUCGAUGGACGCAAGGACAUCAAAGCGGCUCUCGCAGCAGAGCGCAAGUUUUUCCUAAGCCACCCUUCAUACAGACACAUGGCUGACAGAUUGGGAACUCCGUACUUACAGAGGGUCCUCAACCAACAGCUGACCAACCACAUCCGAGACACACUGCCUGGUCUCAGGGACAAGCUGCAGAAACAAUAUCUGGCCCUGGAGAAAGAUGUAGACCAGUUUAAACAUUUUAGGCCAGACGAUCCUUCUAUCAAAACCAAGGCAAUGCUACAGAUGAUUCAACAGCUGCAGUCAGACUUUGAGAGAACCAUAGAAGGAUCAGGGUCAGCACAAAUCAACACUAUGGAACUGUCCGGGGGGGCCAAGAUCAAUCGGUUGUUCCACGAACGAUUCCCGUUUGAACUGGUGAAAAUGGAAUUUGACGAGAAGGAGCUGCGACGAGAAAUAGCUUUUGCCAUUAGAAAUAUUCACGGUAUCAGAGUCGGUCUUUUCACUCCGGACAUGGCUUUUGAAGCAAUAGUCAAAAAGCAGAUCAAUAGGCUCAAAGAACCCUGCUUAAAAUGUGUAGAUCUAGUGGUUUUAGAAUUGUCAAACGUUGUUCGGAUAUGUACAGAAAAAAUGAAUCGAUAUCCACGUUUGCGUGAGGAGGCGGAGAGGAUCAUCACAACGUACAUUCGUCAGCGAGAGCAGAUGUGCAAAGAGCAGCUGGCCAUGUUGGUGGACUGUGAGCUGGCGUAUAUGAACACCAACCACGAGGACUUCAUCGGUUUUGCCAAGGUCGCUGAUCCUUUCGGCCAAAAUAGUGCUCAGAACCAGACGGACAACACCGCCAAGGCCGGCCGCAAGCUCGGCAACCAAGUGAUCCGCAAGGGGUGGAUGUGCAUCCACAACCUUGGGAUCAUGAAGGGAGGCUCUCGGGACUACUGGUUCGUUCUCACCUCCGAGAACAUCUCUUGGUUCAAAGACGAAGAGGAAAGAGAGAAGAAGUACAUGCUUCCGUUGGAUGGACUGAAGUUGCGUGACGUUGAACAGGGAUUCAUGUCCCGACGGCACACAUUUGCACUUUUCAACCCUGAAGGUCGAAAUGUAUACAAGGACUACAAGCAAUUGGAGUUGAGUUGUGAGACUCAGGAUGAGGUUGACUCUUGGAAAGCUUCCUUUUUGAGGGCUGGAGUCUACCCGGAGAAAACCACUGACACGUCAAACGGGGAAGAGGGGGGCACGGAAGGCACCUCCUCCAUGGACCCUAUGCUGGAGAGACAAGUGGAGACCAUUCGGAACCUGGUCGACUCUUAUAUGAAGAUUGUGACCAAGACGACACGUGACUUGGUGCCCAAGACCAUCAUGUAUAUUAUCAUCAAUAACUGCAAGGACUUCAUCAACGGAGAGCUGCUUGCGCACCUCUACGCUUCUGGGGAUCAAUCGUCAAUGAUGGAGGAGAGUCCAGAGGAGGCCCUGAAGAGAGAGGAGAUGUUGAGGAUGUACCACGCAUGCAAGGAGGCGCUGCGAAUCAUAGGAGAUGUGUCCAUGGCGACAGUCACCACUCCUGUACCUCCCCCUGUCAAAAACGACUGGCUGGGCUCCAGUCUUGACAACCCGAGGUUAUCCCCACCAUCACCUGGAGGCCCGAGGAGGGGUAUACCACAGGCAGCACCCAUGGGAGGCAGCAGAGCCCCUCCUGUACCCCCCGCUUCUGGUCGCCCUGCGCCUGCCAUCCCCUCACGACCUGGAGGUGGACAACCCCCAGCACCGCCAGGUCGUCCCCAGGGCCAGGGUCUGCCCCCACCACUCAUCCCAUCGCGGCGCUAAACAGCAUGGCCGUCAGGACGUCUCCUCUAGCGUGCUUCUCCCCUCGCUUAUACACACAUAUAUGUACCAACUAACCGUGUGCCGUUUGGUUUCAACAUGUACUCGUGUUAUAACUUUAGUUGUAAAGCUUCCGAAUAGUUUUGUAAAUAUUCAUUGUAUUACUGCUCAUAAGCAAUGAUAGUAUGUAUAUAAAUAACAAAGUUAAUUGUUAGCUGUUAUGUCCCUAGAUAUGUUAAAAAUAAAUUGUUCAUUCUGUUAAUUUUUUAUUUUUAUUUCCUUUAUCUGUUGAAUCGUAAGAAAGUAUUAGAAUUUUGUUUACAGUAGGGUAAUGUUGAACACGUGAGUUUUAAAUAUUGAAUUGGUUAUCGGAGUUGGAAAUAUACCUUGUUUAGUAAAUCAAAGUAAGGAAGAGUUGUUAAUUGGUCACAGUUGUUUAUGUAAAGUCCGUAAACAGAGUGUUAGAUUCUUGGAGUCAUGCCAUCUAUAUAUAUUUUGCAAUCUCUAUUAGUAAGAUUAAUCCUGGUUUUUAAGAUCCAUAGUUUUUUUUCUCCCCAUUGAAACUAUACCUGUACGAAAGUGUUAAUUUAUACAUUUGACAUUUUUAUGUGCUACUUGCUUAGGAGAUAAGCAAUUGGCACAAUAAACUAAAUAUUCCCAAAUAAUAGUAUAUUUUUUCCAUAUACUUUUCUACGUUAUAUUUUUUUAUUGAGUUUUACCGUUGCAAUAAGUUUUACUGCCUAUUUCAAAAUCAGCAUUUAGUUGUAGCAGAAAGUUUAUGAAACCGAUUUAGUUUGCUAGUUAUAUAGUUUGGGUUAAAAAAUUUUUUUGAUCACCAAACCAUAAAACAUCAUUAAUGGCUUUCACUAAAACAUGUGCGACUCUCUCCCAAUAAUUGUUCUGACACUCGUAAAAACACGCUCUUGUGGACCGAAUCAUUGCUGUCUCUAAUAGAUCACUCAAACCUUGCAAGUCCAGUUCCCGGCAGACUGGGAAUUUCAUCUUCUUGAUUUUUUAUUUAUUUCGGAACAGAACUUUAAGCCUUAAUGGUUUUGUUUAGUCUUUCCCAUAUGCAAAUACUUAUAGACUGUUUGCUGAUCCAAAACACUGAUAUAGAUACGCUUGUUUUCAAAUAACCUGUGUUUGAACUAAAACUAAGUGUGUGCUUUUAAUGUGUAACAGUCUACCUUUAGAAUUUUGACUGUAACAUUAAAAAAGGAAUGAUAUUUUUGUAAUUGAAUGAGUAUGGCUGUAAACUUGUAAAUGUUAUUUGAAUUUGUUUCAAAAUUGUUUUGCUAUCUCUUAUAAUCUGUGAAUUUCAAUGGAAUUUGCUUCAUACUUAGCAGUGUAGUUCAUUAGGUCUGAUAAUCAAAUUAAAUGUUCCCUGUUUGUUGAGUGGUCAUUAAAGAUUUUUUAUUCUAUGACUUUUAUUAUGAUAUAACUAUAAGUGGAAUUUGAUGUUAUCAAAGUAGUUUUUUUAAGAGUCAGAUAAGAAAAUACAUUACAUUAUAGAGAGAGAGAGAAGGUUGAAGAGUCACAUUUUGCUCAAAUUAUUUAUUUUAGAACUAUGUCAAAAUGUCCUUCUCUAGGACAAAAUACUUUUGUAACUUUGGCAGUACCAUGUUACUAAGUGCUAUCUAAAAUAAUUUUUUUUAAAGGUAGUAAAACAUCACAAAAAUAGAGUUAUACAAAAGGCUAUUUACAUGGCAUUUAGGUUAAUCAGGGCAUUUCUCGUAGAAUACCUGAAUUAAUUUGAUUUAGCUAAAGAAUAAAAAACACAGGAAUGCUUAUUAAGUUUAAAAACAUCUUUAGACAGAUUCCAGGAUUAUUGCAUGCCAGGGUUUUUUACUGUACCAGUAUUAAGUGUAUUUUUCUUGUCCACCACUCUGGAUUCUAACUUUCCCAGGCUAGCUGAACAAAAAUACUCUUUCCAAAAUAACUUGUAAUAUACCUAAUAUAGGCCUACAUUUUAAGUUUUUAUUUUUACUCUAAUCUUCUAAAAUAAUUAUUCUUAAUUGUAUCUCAAUAAAAAACUUGAUAAAUAACUCCCUUAUUAUAUUGAAUCUAUUUAAUCUGAUAUAACUAUUUACAAAUUUACGUUUUAAGAACUUUAUUCAAAAACAUUAGUUUCUUCCCCUGGUUAUUCUGACCUAACAAACUACACUGUUAGCUAUUUAAUCUAAUGGUUCCGUGAUUGCAACACAUACCUUGCUCCAUGCUCGUUCAAGUUGUCUAACACAGUUGUGGUACAGGCGCGGAGGCCCA